AUGUCGUCUAUCCAAACUACAAUCGCGCCGUACGACCAGAGCGUUGUCUGCAAGAAGCAGCUGCUCUCCGAGGCAGAGCUUGACAAGGCUAUCCAGACGGCAGCUGCUGCGCAAAAAUCAUGGGCCAAGGUCCCCGUCGAGGAGCGAGUGGCCAUCAUCACCAAAUGGAUGGGCAUGCUCGACGCCGACAAGGAAGAACUCGGCAAGGAGCUGUCGGUGCAGAUGGGUCGACCAGCAGGACAGUGUGCUGGUGAGAUCAAGGGUGCUGUCCAGCGAUGUCGAUACCUCUGCAAGGUGGCAAAGGACAGCCUCGCCGACAAGCCCCAAACCGAAACCGAGACUCCCAACCUCAAGCUCGCCAUCCGACGUGAUCCAUUCGGUGUUGUCGCCAUUGUGACGCCGUGGAACUACCCCUACCUCACUACGGUCAACGGCCUGAUCACCGCUUUGCUCGCUGGUAACGCUGUGGUGCUCAAGCCUUCGCCGCAGACACCGCUCACCGCCGAAAGCUUCCAGCGCACCCUCGAAGCAGCUGGUCUGCCCAAGGGUCUGUUGCAGAUUGCCCACCUCGAUUUCGAGACCACAGCCAAGCUAGCCGCAGAUGCUCGCAUCGGCUUCCUCAUCUUCACGGGCUCGGUGGCUGGUGGCAAGGCGCUUGCUAAAGCUGCCGCUGACGGUCCAGGCUUCAAGGGUGUGGGUCUCGAGCUCGGCGGCAAGGACCCAGCCUAUGUACGUGCAGAUGCCGAUAUCGAAUGGGCUGCCGAAGAGCUGGUGGACGGUGCCAUGUUCAACUCGGGUCAGUCGUGCUGUUCGGUGGAGCGUAUCUACGUCCACGCCUCGGUCUUCGACAAGUUUGUCGAGGAGUUCGUUGCUGUCGCCAAAGGCUACAAGCUCGGCGAUCCUAGCCAGCCAGGCACUUCGCUUGGACCUGUGGUGAGCCUCGCCUCGGCCGAUCGCAUCCGCAAGCAGGUCGACGAUGCUCUCAGCAAAGGAGCCAAGAACCUCAUCCCAGACGAUCUCUUCCCCGAGGCCAAAGCAGGCACCGCGCUCGUGGCACCCACCGUGCUGGUCAACGUCGACCACUCGAUGGAGAUCAUGACAGAAGAGACGUUCGGACCCGCGAUCGGCAUCCAGAAGGUCGACUCGGACGAAGAGGCACUCAAGCUCAUGAACGACUCGCACUACGGCCUCACCGCUUCCAUCUGGACCGACAUUGAGAACGCCGACUCGGCCGCUGCCUUCGACAAGCUUGCCACCGAGCUCGAGACAGGUACGGUAUACCUCAACCGCGCCGACGUCCUCGACCCCGCUGUGCCCUGGACCGGUGUCAAGGACAGUGGACGCGGUGUCAGCUUGAGCACGCUUGGAUUCGACCAGCUCACGCAGCCCAAGUCGAUCCAUAUGCGAUUGCGCAAGGCCUGA